UGGGGAAGCUGGCAGCAUCCACCAGAACUUCCCCUGAUGAAUCACCGGGCCAGGAAGGUCAUUUUGAGGGUAAGAAGCUCUGUAGAAAGAAUUUUUUUUUUUUCUCUUCUGUUAUUAGGGAAGGGGGAGGCUGCAUAAAUAAAAGAGUUGGUAGGCAGACGGCGAUAAAUGACUUCCUAUGCACUGAGUGGAUGUGGCUGGCUCUGGGACAGGGCAGUCUGGUGACUGAGUGCAUGGAGCCACAAGGCAGCGUCUGAAUGGUUCCAUGCCUUCACCUCCCCGCAGCAUCCAGCAGGCAGCACGGUGGCAGCCCUUGAAGGUACACAUUGGCCAUGCUCACCCUGACCAGUUUGAUCAGUGGAUGCUCUCCCACCCCACACUCUCUGACCAAGGCCCAGAAGACCCUUUUAAGCCCAAGGCUGGGGCUUCAGUCCCUGGUUUGGGUGCUGUAGGAGCACUGAUCUGAUAUCGUUACCCUGACCCUGUUUGCUGUAGGUAGCUUAUCUUCUGGAUGGAUGGAUGUUCGGAUCUCUUGGUGUUGUGGCUGUGUCUCUGGACCCAGGACCUGCUGUUCCAUUCUGCUCCUCCUAAAAAGAACCCUGGACUGAUUCCUCACUUUGCUGUAUUUGGGGCUGUUGGUGGCCCCUGCUGCUGGCGCCUGGCUCUCUGCUGUGCUCCGAGCCGGUGAGACAUCACCUCACCUGUGAAGUCUCUGCGCGUGCUGGGGUCACCCUUGGUUCAUCCUGUUCUUGUUGCUCCCCACAGUAACAGACCUGGCAGAGAUUCACCCUUGGUACUGCCUUCUCCAAGCCCUAGCCCCUCUCCAGGGCGAUGUGCGAGUUAUUCCUGCGAAGGAGAACCCCGGCGGUCUCCAUGCUCUCAGGGCUGAGAUGUGAACUGUGACUUAUGAAAUGUCAGCCCUAUCCCUGCUUGGUGUUGUGGUUUUUCUAUGAAAUAUUAUGUCAGCCUGCACUUGCAUAAAGCAGCCUCUGUUCAAGGUAACAUACCACCCUCUCACUAAUGCUGGGUCAGUAGAGUGGAGCACGUCCCCUUCUGCUCACCAGAAGGUCUCUCACCUCUCUCUGUGUUUUAAUCUCUGCCAGGGAUCCUUUAUGCUCACUUGGAGCUAUUGGCCUGGCUGCUUCUACCGAGCUGUGUCUUUGCAGCCCCACCACCCUUCAGGGGCAGUCAGUUCUCCUUUCUCCUGAAUGUCCCAGACACUGUGUACCCAGCAACGCUGUUGGUUAGGGACAACCUUACAGUGAAGAAGGCACCAAGGGCAUGACAGUUCUCCACUGCUGUUCCAGCUCCAGGAACUCAAGAAAGGCCAGGGUUGGAAAGGAGGCUGCGGUGACUUCCUGGCUUCUGGGGCUCAGGGAAGAGCUGGUGUUGGCAAGCUGCUCAGUCACUCAGUACACAUGAUCCUCUGGGGAAAGGCUCCUAGACAUGUCCUUCCUGCAGCCUCUGUGUCUCUGUGCUCCACGCAGGAUUUUCUGCACAGGAUGUGCUUUGGUGGAUCCCCAGCUUUCAGCACUUGGUGGUCCCCAGUGUCCAGCCGUAGGAAGCAGGCUUUGGGAGGGACUCUUGUUUUCCUCCUUUUAAAGCCUUUCCAGCCCCUAGGAGCUGGCAUGAUUCAAAACAGAGUGGGGCCACAGAGCACAGCCUGCUCGUUCCCAAGUGAUGUGACAACUGCGUGGCUGCUCCCGGCUGUGUUUUCCCAGCAGAGCUCAAUUAUCUGCUGAGACCCCAUUCCCAAGAAUGUGGCUUGUUAUGCCCAAAUCCUUCCCCACCGUGACACGGGUGCUGGCAAACCCUGCACCUGAGGUGUCCCCAAGCACCCCUCUUCCUCCUUUUGCAGAAUCACAGAAUCACCACGGUUGGAAAAGACUUCCAAGGUCUAGUCCAACUGCCCACUUACCACCAAUAUUGCCCACUAAACCAUGUUCCUUUGUACCAAAUCAGGACGACGCUCUUUAUUUUUCAUGUAAACAAGCACAUUCUCCUUUGGCUGCUCAAACGAAAGGGAACUUUAGCCAGCUGUGGGACUUUCCAGCAUCCAUCAGUUCAUGACUGCACAGCAGCCUUUCCCUUCCAAAAACCAAAAAAAAAAAAACCUAGAGAACAAACAUCAAGGCAUCUCCAGGGAUUUGUGCAUUGUUUGGCUGUGAUAGGGAUGACUUGAAAACCUGAGGAAGCGAAGCAGUGCCAGAAAAACAAGCACAGAUCCUGCUUCAUUUUACUUACUUCCUCAGGUUUGUUCCACCCAGAGCCCUGUGUGGGUGUCCCUGUGCCUGCAGUCCUCCCUUGCACAUCUGGCUGGGAAAGCCCCAGCCCAGGCUGAGGCAUGCCAUGGGCUUGCAGCAGUCAUGCCUACCAGUCCCCAAAAUGCUUCUUUCUUGCUUGGGGUACAUCAGAGGUGGUGAAAUGGCUGAGAAGGGAAAGGAAGGACCCGCAAAGCCUGUGGGAGGAUGGAAAGAUGCUUUUGGGGACCAGUAGCAUGGGGAACUCAUUGCAGCCCAUGGAGAUGUUGAGUUGCUGGGUUGAACACAAGCCAGGAGGAACAGCACUAUUUUUAGGGGUUAUGUGACCUAUUUAGAAAUGUAUUGUUUUGAGUCUAGCCUACCUUGUGCUCCUAGGGUUGCUAGGUUUUACAAGAUUCCCUACUGGAGACCUUCACUUACAGUCUGACAAAAUGUUGCUUUGGGUGUUUCAACCCUUUGAGUGAUUUUGCAGAGUUGUUAAUGAAGAAAGGAGCAGAUAGAGUCUCCUCAAUGCUCUGACCAACUGGAGACUGCUGGCAGCUGUUCAAACUUUGUCCAGCAUCUCCUCUUUCCAGGUGAUUUCUGCACAGGGAGAUGUGCACACACACACGGAAUGGCUUAGGUUGGAAGGGACCCUAAAGAUCAUCAAGCUCCAGACCCACAUGCAUGCUCACAGCAGGACACGAGUGCAGGCAGUGACGUGGUGCCCCAAGCUGAGGCCCUGUUUCCACUUUGAAAGAUGAGGAUUGGUGAGGUGGGUGUAUCCUCAUGUUGGUGGCUGCGCGCUCAGGGCUCGGAGGUUCUUGCUCCAGGGCUCAGGGUGGGAGUGUGCCCUGCUCUGCAUCUGCUGGCCAUGGCAAGAUGAGAGCACCUCCAGUCUGCUGUUAGGUUCUGUCCCUAAAGAGCACCAGAAAGGCAAACAUCGGGCCCAGAUCCCUGCACUGAAAGAGUGGCAGGUUCAUUCAUUAGGUCCCGAUGAUACUGGAGUUGAUGGCACCUCUUGCCAUGAGUUUCCUUUGGGGUGGAGCAGCUGGAAGGAGCACGGCACAGGAAACACCGACCUGGGGAGGCUGCUCCUGCAUUGCUCUGACCUCUGCUUGUGUCUGUGGGAUGCAGACGGAGCAGUGGAGACCACUCUAAAAGGGAGAGUUCACCUGACCCCAGGUGUCCUUGCACCCCACAUUAUGGAGAGGGGAUUUUUUAUGUUCAAAAGUAUGCGUUCCUCUCUAUAGAAUGUAGGGUGAUGCUGGCAGCAUCCUACAGCCUUUGAGCCACAGAGGGCGGUGGGGGCAGUGCUGCUGUACUCCUGCUUAAAGGGACUCUGAUCCAUCUGCGCUUUCUCCGUGACACUUUUCUGGCUCUCGAGCUGAGGAAUGACUUUGUGCACAAAACACAGCAUUGCCUUUCUUGUCACCACAAAAUCACUCUCGGUGGGUUUUGAAGGCCUUUGGUCUCUGCUUCCGUAGAGGAGGAUUUCACUUCCCUACCAGCUUUGUGGCUUUCCCACAGGCCAGACUCAACUUACAGAGAAGUGGCCCAAGUCUGUUUGUCCUUUCUUUCUAGGGAUCAUCUCUGUCUGCAGCCCGAGAGCUGCCACGUGACACGUAAAUCCCCUUGCUCUAAGAAAACACACAGGGCUUUCACUAGAAAUUCGUCGGAAAAGAGCUAAAAUGGGGAGGCGGUGGAGAGGAUAAAUUGCAGCAGCUCCCUGCCAAGCUAAGUCGGAGCUCCUCUGGAGAGGCACAGCAGCACUGCCCUAAGGAAGAGCCCACGUACAGCCACAAUGCUCAGCACAAGGCCGGUCCUGCUGCUCCUGCUGCUCCUCAGCGUCUCCCAGUACAGCUCCACAGCCCCAUAUGCACCUUCAGAAUGCUGCUACACACACUCAAAAGCUGCUGUCCGGCUCGAAGUGCUGCAGAAUUUCUAUGAGACUUCCAAUGACUGUCCUCUAAAAACAAUUGUGUUUGAGACAAAGAGCGGGGCCAAGAUCUGUGCAAAACCAAACGCGCCUUGGGUGAAGAAAGCCAUUAAGAAUAUUCAGAAAAAGAAAGACCCUCAAGCUGUGUGAUGCAGAACGGACACCGCGGUUGAGGAUCGCAGCUUCCUGAUGGGAAGAUUUACACUCAGCCUCCUGCGGAGGUCCCUGAUGCUGACAGAUGGCAGUGACUCCCCAGAGCCCUGCGAGGCACCACAGCCCGAGGUGGUGCAGCCCUGCCAGCUCCCACCCGCAGGAAACAGCUCCAAAAUAAAGGUUUAUUUCACACACUA